AGUUGCCUUAAAAAAAUCUUUAUUAUGGUGCAGUAGAUGUGCUCUUUGAGAGCUGAUGCAUACUGUCAUUUGGCAUUUGACCUUUUGUAACUACCUAGUGGGAUGUAUUUUAUCACUACAGGAGUUAAUUUUUUUUUUUCUCUCUCCUUUGUUUCUAUUUUAGAUGGUGUACCUCAGGUUUAUUACUUUGGCCCAUGCGGUAAAUACAAUGCCAUGGUGCUAGAAUUGUUGGGGCCAAGUUUGGAAGACUUGUUCGACUUGUGUGACAGAACAUUUUCCUUAAAAACUGUGCUCAUGAUAGCCAUACAACUGAUUUCCCGCAUGGAAUACGUUCAUUCGAAAAACCUGAUAUAUAGAGACGUAAAGCCUGAAAAUUUUUUGAUAGGUCGACCAGGAAACAAGAACCAGCAAAUAAUUCACAUUAUAGAUUUUGGCUUGGCAAAAGAAUACAUAGACCCAGAAACAAAGAAGCACAUACCUUACAGAGAACACAAGAGCCUUACAGGAACAGCUAGAUACAUGAGUAUUAAUACACAUUUAGGAAAAGAGCAAAGUAGAAGAGAUGACUUAGAAGCAUUAGGGCAUAUGUUUAUGUAUUUUCUACGAGGGAGCCUACCCUGGCAAGGACUAAAGGCUGACACGUUAAAAGAAAGGUAUCAGAAAAUUGGAGAUACGAAGCGAGCAACUCCAAUAGAAGUACUUUGUGAGAAUUUCCCAGAAGAAAUGGCCACAUACCUACGCUAUGUAAGAAGGCUAGAUUUUUUUUGAAAAACCAGACUACGACUACUUAAGAAAACUAUUUACAGAUUUGUUUGAUCGAAAGGGAUAUAUGUUUGACUAUGAAUAUGACUGGACUGGGAAGCAACUACCCACACCAGUUGGCUCCAUUCAUGCAGAUCCAGCUCUUUCAUCAAACAGAGAAGCACAUCAACACCGAGAUAAGAUGCAGCAAGCCAAAAAUCAGGUUGUAAGUUCUACAAAUGGUGAGCUGAAUACAGAUGAUCCCACAGCUGGACACUCAAAUGCACCCAUCACUGCCCCAGCAGAAGUUGAAGUUCUAGAUGAAACAAACUGCCAGAAAGUGUUGAACAUGUGGUGCUGUUGCUUUUUCAAGAGGAGGAAAAGGAAAACCAUUCAGCGUCACAAAUGA